UCUCAGCUUCAAAUGUUGAGAACUAUGUGUUGAUGUGUUAAAUCCAUUGCAUAAAAUACAAUAAUAUUAUAUAUAUCGGAUCAUAAGCAACUUAAGAUAGCAACACAGUGAAUAUUCCACUUGCUCUUGGUUAAAGUCAGUUAAAUCUAGCUAUUAUUGGCUAGCAAGUGACUCAGUACUACUCAACUCCAAAGGGUUUGCAGCUCUGCCAGUUGUAGACAUACAUUUACAGAUGAAAAAUGAAUUUGUCAGAACCACCUGAAAGAUAGUGAAUUUCGGAUUAAUUUUAAAUUUAGAUCACACUUCGGACAAGUAAGAUGUGUUAGUCGAUAAGAUAAGAUGCUGGCCUUGGGCAGAACCGUCACCGUGGGCGCCUUUUCCGCCCCCGUCCUCUCCAUUCGCCUGGCCACCUCAACGAAAACGAAAACAAAAACAAACGUACACAAACAGCCCCAAACAGAUGUUCGCUUCCUGUUACGCAAUUUCGGCAAAUUGGCGCAAAAUUCAAUAACGCCGUCCAGUACACCGCCGGCGGCAGUGGGAAGAGCAACACGUGAAGUGACGGAUCAGCAGCAGAUAAUCAGGCGCUUCCACAACUCUGCAGGCGGAAACUCUAGGUAUUCGGCCAGCACCAUCAUGACAUCCUACCACAAGGAGCUGCUCCUCACGGACUACGACAUAAUGGGCUUCGAUCUGGAUAGCACCCUUUUGCGCUACAAUCUCCACGAGAUGUCUGCGCUGAUCUAUCAGGUCCUGAAGCAGUUUCUCGUAGAGCAGAAGGGCUACGACAGGGAUCUACUCUCUCAAUCGCUCAACUUAGACUUCCUGCAGAAGGGGCUGUUCCUGGACGGACCGCGUGGCAAUGUUCUGAAGCUAAGCAGCGAGGCCCAGAUCCUGCGAGCCACCCACGGCACGCGUCUACUGAGCGACGCAGAAGUUCAAGCCAUCUACGGUCGAGAUCGAAGGUGGGAAAUCACCACUGCCUUUUACAGGGAUCCCCUGUCCACUUGGAAUGGCGCCGCCUCGACGCAAAUGCGCUCGCUCUUGGAUUAUUUUGAUAUGCCCAGUGCUUUGGUCUUUGCCCAGGCAGUGGAUCAGGUUGAUAGGGAAAAGAAGCCAUCGGCAGGAGAGGAGUAUCAGGUGUGGCAAGAUGUGCAGGCGGGCCUGAUGAACAUCUAUAGUCGGGAUCACUUCACCAACGACAAGAGUCUCUAUUUUAAAAGCAUGCGAGCGGAACCGGAAAGAUUUGUGCUCCCAACAAACCCUAGCGUGAUGAACUGGCUUGGGGAACUGCGAAAAUCCGGCAAGAAGCUCUUUUUGCUCACUGGCUCCAACGUGGACUUUGCCAAUUUGACAGCCACGCAGGCGCUGGGCCAGGACUGGCGCAAAUACUUUGAUUUCGUGGUGACCUACGCCAAGAAACCGGGUUUCUUCACCAUGCAGCGUCCUUUCAUGCACGUGGAUGUGGGGAAACUGGCGGAACUGCCGCAAGAGGCUAAGGACAUACAGGCGGGCGAGAUCUACUCCCAGGGCAACUGGCACCAGCUACACGCCGCCAUGGCUGGAAUGCUCCGGAAGGAGCCGUCUCAGGCUAAAGCACUGUACUUCGGCGAUAACAUAAUCCAGGAUGUUUAUACACCGGUCAAACACCGCGACUUUGAUGCCGUGGCCAUAGCCGAGGAGCUGCUUCUGGAGGAUGGUAAGUAUCCGUAUGCUGCCGAGUUGGACUCCCAGCUGUGGGGCCCGUACUUCGCUCUGGACUGCACACCCACUCUGUGGUCCAGCUUCAUUAGCAGCUAUGCCCAGUUGUGCGUGCCCUCGGUGGAGCAAGUGGCGCAGACUGCACCAGAUAAGCGAAUCAUUUGCCAUAAUCCGUAUGGCUUCAGUCCGCGGCUGCCCAAGGAGCUGGAGACUGUGCAGCUGAAGAGCUCCUGGCGUGGAUAGGCGCUCUGCUAUCAUUUUCUCCCUGGAGUCAAUAAACGACCUGCGGACACGAGGCGCGAUAACGCUUCUAUCAGUUGAAGCGUCUUACAAAAUCAUACGUACAAACCAUUAUAUUUGAUAAAAGCAAUAAAAACCGCGAGACUCUGAAUUAUUCAAUUUAGCCUUACAGUGUACUCCAUAGCAAUACGAUUUUCCACACUUAGGCUUAGAACUAUUUUAAUUUCCUUUUACAAAUUUUCAUGUCAAUAGCUAAUUCUUUCGUAAUAUGUACACUGUAAUAUAUUUUAUUACAUUUGUGACAUUCGUGGUCUUGGACAAUGUCCAAUAAAAGUAUUGGCACAAUAAACAACUAACUUCCACUGCUAAAAAUUUAAGAAGCUAUUUAACAUAAACGUUAGCUCAAUUUAAUGUAUAAGCUUACAUUUAAAAGCAUAAGUUACUAAUUUUGUAAGCCUACGUGUUUUAUAAUGAUGCGAUGCAUGUAUCUUUAUGCCUCAUUUGAAAAAUCUGAGAAUUCACGAUGUACAGAUAAUUGCAUGUGUAGGAACAGAAACUAAAACAAAUAAAGCGGUUGUGCAUCAUCAUAA